CAAUAAUUUCUGAAGACUGUACAUUGACAUAUGAAGAAUGAAACGUCGGAGAUGCAGGUUGUCCUUCGUCUGCCUGUUAACUAUACUAGUGUUUAUGACGUCAUCAGUGAGUGCUUACAGUCAGGGCGCGGGGGCUCAGGCCUGCUCCUCCCUCACCCCCUGGCAUAGUGCCAACCAACCACAAACAAACCCAGUCCCUUACGUAAUCACCGUGUCCAAAACGUCAUACCGCCCUCUGGAGCAAGUUGUAGUGACUAUUCAGGCUUGCAAAGGAUAUUCUUUUAAAGGAUUUUUAAUUCAGCCGAGAUUGGCGCAGUUUUCCACUCAGGACGUGAAGAUAGGAGUGUUCGGCAUGUACAGCAAUGCCCCAUAUCAGUACACGUGUCCCGAUAGUCGAAAUGGAAUAAGAGGACAAGCUUUAACACACACAUCAAGUGAAGAUAAGACCAAGAUUAGAAUUGUCUGGCAAGCUCCCAGAGUACCACAAGGCCAUGUUGUCUUUAGGGCCACCAUUUUGCAAGAGUACACCACUUUUUGGGUUGCUGUCAAUUCUCCUAUUGUGUAUGAUGCUUAUAGUUCAGUGAGACUGGCACAAUCCCAGGUCCUCAGUCUGACCAAUAACAUCUCUCCUAUCUGUAAUGAACCUGUGCAGCCAUCUACACUACCACCACCACCAACGACGGUCACAACAACAACCCCCAAACCAACUACACCAAAACCAACAACAACUACACCAGAACCAACAACAACUACACCGAAACCAACGACAACCACACCGAAACCAACGACAACUACACCGAAACCAACGACAACCACAAUGAAACCAACAACAACUACACCGAAACCAAUGACAACUACACCACAACCAACGACAACUACAAUGAAACCAACAACAACCACAAUGAAGCCAACAACAACAACACCAAAACCAAUGACAACUACAACGAAACCAACAACAACUACACCAAAACCAACAACAGAACCCUUUACACCUCCUCAAGGUACCUAUUUACCUCCUGACCCGGACUGUAACAAGACCAAAGGUUGUUUCCAUGACUGCAGAAGGGGGGUGUGCUCGUUCAUCAUUUCCUGGAGGGACAGAGAGGGGUACCUUGACAUGGAGAUUAGGGCACAUAUCCCCCUCGGGGGAGAUAGAUGGGUGGCAGUGGGCUUCUCUUAUGAUAACAAAAUGGGCAGUGACAGUGUAACCGAGUGUAUGUCUGUUGGUGGACGAGUCAGUGCCUUCCAGUCAUACAACUCAGAUACUCACAGCAACUCAAGGCUCAGAGAUCCCAAACUGGGACUAAGCAGAGAGUAUGGUUCUUUUGUGGAUGGUAUAUUUACUUGUGGAUUUACCAGGGAAAAACUGGUUCCAACCGAGAGCAGACUGUUUAACCUCAACAAACAAUGGUACAUCUUGUAUGCUCAUGGAACAGCCAUUGAAGGAUUGAAGCUUCCCCAUAUGUACGACCCAGCACCACCAACAUCAGAGAAUGCCAUCAAUUUCCAGGCGUAUUUAGUUAAUAUGCCAACCACUACCACCCCCCGCACCACUACCACUCCCUCUACAACGGUAACCACGGCGAUGACCACUACCACCACGACAACCACUACCACUCCAAGACCUACCACAACCACCAGAAGAGUGACUCUCAGGCCCACCACACCAUGGCGACCACCUGUAACAUGGAAACCUGUCACAACCAAGGCCCCAUCCACCACCAUCAGAACCACAACCAUUCAUGAUCAUGACAAGCACACCCAUUAUCAUAAUGAGACCCUUCAGGCAGACUUUGGGUGUGGGGACACCAAGGGAUGCUUUGCCAAGUGCAGUGGGGGGCAGUGUGACUUCAUCAUCACAUGGAAUGACACUGGGGAACAUGUCCAGUUCGAAAUGAGGAAGAAAUUCUCUACGAUGGACCCAAAUGACCACUGGAUGGCAGUGGGCUUCUCAGAGGAUAAAAGAAUGGGUGAUGAUAGUGUGACUGAGUGUGUGAGACAGGAGGGUUUUAUUGUGGUCCAUCAGUCAUUUAAUGAUGUCACUAAAUCAAACACAAGACUAAAACAGAGUGGUUUGGGACUGAGUGAUGUUUCAGGAAGCUAUGUGGAUGGGAUGAUGAUCUGCCAAUUCUCCAGAAAGAAGCAUCUUCCUGAUGAGAAGCAAAUCUUUGACUUGAACAAUGAUUACUACAUGUUUUUUGCUUAUGGAGAGGCCUCACAGGGUGAGAAGAGGAGACACAGUUUAAGGGAUCUCCCCAUUGUUUCCUCAGAACCUGUAGAUCUCCAGAAACACAGCAACAUACAGGGAAAGGCUGUAUAUUUCCUGGUCAAAGUUCAUGGUUGUUUGAUGGUCAUUGCCUGGGUCUGUCUAGCCAGUAUUGGAAUCAUUGCUGUACGGUACUAUAAGACUGUGUGGCUGGAGGAGACUUGUAUGAGGGAGAGAAUCUGGUACCAGUCUCAUAAAUUCUGUAUGAUAACCCUGUUUCUGUGUGUAAUGGUGGGAAUAAUCCUGAUUUUUGUUGAAAUACAAGGGUAUAGUCAGAUUGAUGGCAAAACCUUUCAUCAGGCUCACCCUAUUAUGGGACUUAUAGUCACACUCUUUACUAUUGCAAAUCCCAUAAUAGCCAUUCUGAGGCCCCUUCCUGGCACUGUAAAGAGAAAAAUAUUCAAUUGGAUUCACUGGGCAGUUGGCACGGGUGCCCAUUUCUUAGCAAUUGUGACAAUAUUUGCUGGUGUGGAGUUAGCCAAAGCUAGAGCCCCCUUCUACAUUAGCUACAUUCUGAUAGCAUAUGUGUGCUACCUGUUUAUUGUAUUCUUCAUUUUGGAAGUUCACAGCUUUAUUUCUAAAAGAGCAGAACAUAAGAGGGAUCAGACAUAUAUUUAUGAAAUGCACAGAAAGCCCCACUACUCCAGCGUGAAUCACUCCCUGGACGUUGAGCCACCGUACAGCAAAGUGAAGAAGGCCAUAUUUGGUUCCCAUAUUCUAAUUACAGUAACUGUGACAAUUAUUAUGUGCAUUCUGCUGUUCAUAUCCUAAAAACAACAAAAUCCUUGGAGGGUUGUUGUCUGAUAUUCCUGUAAGCCUGUAGGCAGUAGACUGUUGUCUGGUUCCAGUCUGCUGCCAUGAAGAGUUGUCAGCAGGAGGAGAGUGACUUAAUGUACAAGUCUUUAUCCUUUGCUCUGGCAAUGGGAUUCUGGCUGGCCCUUAAUUUAAAACCAGGUCUGGUUCUUAAUCAUUGCUAUACCUUUAUUAUAAGAAAUGAUUGCAAUUAAAUUUUAUAUAUGCUUUUUUUUAAACAAACAGUCUCAAGGCUUAUAAUCAGGACCUGUAUUUUCUUGUUUAAUGAGUGCUGGUUUUAUUGAGUGUUACACUGGUUCUCUUUAACUAGUACCCGUGUUGCAAGUUGUAUGUUUAGCUGGUUUAAUAUCAGUUUGUCCCAUAUCUGUGAUGUCUCUAUCUUGGUGAUCAUAAUAUCAAAAAUAUUCAUAUUCAUGACGUUCAAUUAACUUUAAUUUUGUCAUCAUUCACAUGUGUUUUUUCUUGUUUAUUUUUUGUGUGUAACUUGAUUUUCAUUGUACAUUGCAUCUUCACCAAUUUUUCCAUCUAGUAAUUUAAAUUAUUAGUUUAUUUAUGAUUGUCAUAUAUGUAUCAUAAUUCAUAUAUGAAUGGAUGCGAGUGUUUUCUAGUCAUAUUCAAAAUACAGAAUGUUUUUGUUCUAAGAGAGAGAGAGAGAGAGAGAGAGAGAGAGAGGUUUUGUUGAUUGUACAAUACUUGAUUGAAACAUGAAUUUACAAAAAAUGUAGUUGUAGGAGUUUUUCCUUCCAGUUUUUAGAAUAAGUCUGAUGCAAUGUGAUAUUUAGAAUUGGAAAUAAACAUU